CGAUAAUCACCUCGACAUCGACGAGAACGCCGACUACGAUGAACUCACCAGGCUCGACCAAGCUCAAUAUCUCAGGUAUGAGGCAUCUUCACGACGCCCCCCGUGGGCUCGAGGUGCUCACCAGGCUUGAAGGCAUCGUCCUGCAUGUCAAGGAAUAUGAAGGACAGCCGCCAGAGACGAUGUCGUUCAGCAAGUCUGCAUCGCGCACGAUAUCCGUGGGGCGAAAGCCAAGCCAAGGAUACAUCGCAGACGAUCCGGAGCGAGCUCUUUUCCGGUGCCCGGUAGUGAGUCGUAAGCAUGCGAAGAUCACCUUCACGGAAUAUGGAAACGUAUACAUCACUGACCUCCACUCUCACCACGGAACGCACGUUCUCCGCCCGGGCGAGCUCGUCUGGACGGGGCUCAAGCCAGAAGUGCCCACCGUCCUCGCCGAUGGCGACCUGAUCACAUUCGGGAAGACCGUUGGGCGGGAGAGCUAUCUAGUGCGUCCUGUCGUCGUGCGCGUGCAGCUGGUCUUUGGCAGGGACGCCUCUCCAAGAGCACCCUCACCCCUGCCGAGUUCGCUCACCCAUGAUGACUCGUCCCCGGACAAGGCGCCCGCAAGAUCGAGCUCUGGCCGCUACGGCGUGUACCCACCCUCUCCCGAUUCCUCUCCAUCGACGUCGGACGGCGAUUCUGACGCUCAAGAGAAUUCGCCGCCGGCGUCGCCCCAGGACCUCUUGCCGUCAUUCGAGCGGGUCCUCUCACGUUCACAGAGCAUGUCUCUUCAAAGUGGGCGGUUGCGUCUCCUUCAAAGUCUUCUACCCCCUAUCCAUGUCUCCCGACACGACUCUCCGGAGACCCCACCUUGUGAUGUCGAAGAGUCGUUCUUCGAACCGGCGCAGGUAAUACCUCUCGACCAUGAGGAAGAAGACAUGGACCUCUCGUCUAGUCGGUCCGCAUCUCCGGAAGAGAACCGCGACGACGAUGUGACUUUUGUUAUGGCUCCCGAAGAACCCCCUAUCGUCGGGGCCUGGCCAGGCUCUUCUUCGAGUUCCUCCUCGUCUCCUGAACAAUCCCCUGAGCCCUUCGGCCACCCCGAAGUCAUUGAGAUCUCAGACGACGACUACGGCACUCCUUGUCAACCUCUAAUUCAGGGCCAUGCUGUUGAUCUGACGGUGGAGGAGGUGAUGCAGACUGAGAAUGACCAGGCAGAUGCGGAUGUUCCGGAGUUCGUAGUCAUGCACAACGCCUUCUUCCAGCAAGUCGAAUCCAUCGCUGAAGCCUCCGCGAGAGUGCAAGAGCUCGUCCAGCCAGAGGAGCGCGAAGCAGAGAUGCAAGUCGACGUUGCUGCCGCUCAAACCGCAGAGAUCCUCAACGAGCUGACUGUCAUCCGCACCACCCGGGAGCUCGAUGAAGCCGCGUUCUCCGCCCAUGUUCAGCAAACGAAGGAGCGCCUCAGCGCUCUCGAUGGCCAGAUCGUCGAAACGCAUGCGAGCCUCUCCACGCGCGAGGCACGGCUUACGCAGCUCCAGAGUAGGCUGCAAGGCCUGGGCGACCAAGUCUCGGACUUGCAGGAACGCAGCACGGUCGCCGAGCGCGAAGCUGCGCGGAUCGAGGAAUUGAUGAAGGAAGUGGGAGCGGCGAAGGAUACGUUGAGAGAGACUUGCGAUCUCCAGCGUGAAGCCAGAGCGCAGAUGGCGGAUGAACUCGAGGCCCUCAAGGCCCUUCGUAUAGAAGCCGCCGCCGCCGUUGCCGAAGCCAAACUCGCAGCCGCAGCCGUCACUACUGCUGCAUCGACCGCGAACGUCCUAAAGCGCAAGAGAGAAGACGCCGAGGACGAGGCAGAGCAGUCAGUCUCCAACAACGAUGAUUCACGCAUAAUCGCCGCGCUGCCCUCGAAGCGCCGCCGCACGCUGCAGGUCGCGUCGACCGUUGCGCACACGGCGACUGUCGCGACCAUCGGCGCGGUUGCCGCGUGGGCUGCGCUAGCCUUCUCUUGAAGAGUGCUCUCUGAGGUUUGUCACUUGUCCGGGACAUGCAUGCCUUUUCUUGCCAUACGAUCCGCCUGGGCGCGGUCGUUGUGUGGCCCGUCGCGGCAAGAGGAAUUUUAUGAUCGUCUCUGAGAUGGACACUGCAGGAAACUUGUAUGUACUGUAUCAUUCGUUCACCAUGGCACGUAUGCUGUAUGUUAGAGAGGAGUGCGUUGGUUGUAUAGUAUGUAUCGCAGGCGUUGUACCGUAUAUAAACAAGGGACUAGUGUUUCACUGCAUGAUCAUGUUGCC